CGCAUGUGACAGACACUUAACCUCAGACCCGAUAUAGCUCAACUUCCAACCCGAUAAAGCGCAUUCGAACUUUGUAUUGGGGGAGCGGGGUCAGUUCGCUCGAAGCAUAGACAUGUCGCUACGUCUCUGCUGUCUGCUGGUGUUUGUCUACCUUACAGCAGCCAAUUAUCAACCAAAUUGGGAAUCGUUAGACAGUAGACCCCUUCCCGAAUGGUUCGAUAAGAGUAAAAUCGGUAUAUUCCUUCACUGGGGAUUGUAUUCUGUACCUAGCUUUGGAUCCGAAUGGUUCUGGAUGUACUGGAGCGACAAGACACCCCAGUAUAUGGAGUUCAUGAGACAAAACUACAGACCUAACUUCACUUAUCAAGAUUUUGGCCCUAUGUUCACAACCGAAUUUUAUGAUCCGGAUCAUUGGGGCGAGAUAUUUAAUGCAUCAGGAGCCAGAUAUGUUGUCCUUACAAGUAAACAUCAUGAAGGAUUCACAAUGUGGCCUUCCAAAUUUUCCUGGAACUGGAAUGCCAUGGAUUUAGGUCCUAAUAGAGAUCUCUUAGGUGAUUUGGCUAAAGCCGUUCGUAAAUACAAACAUAUGCAUUUUGGAGUCUACCAUUCGUUGCUAGAUUGGUUUCAUCCACUUUAUCUGACGGACAAAAGUAACAAAUGGACUACUAGAUAUUUUGUUGACGUAAAAACAAUGCCCGAACUUUACGAACUUGUAAUCAAUUACGAGCCAGAAUUGAUAUGGUCUGAUGGCGACUGGGAAGCACCCGACACUUACUGGAAUAGCACAGGAUUUUUGGCAUGGUUAUACAACAAAAGUCCUGUUAAGGAUGUCAUCGUGGUCAAUGAUCGCUGGGGCAAAGGUAUUCCGUGUCAUCAUGGUGGAUAUUACACGUGCAAAGACAGAUAUAACCCAGAAAAGUUACAAAAGAGAAAAUGGGAAGAUGCCAUGACUUUAGACUAUUCUUCGUGGGCAUUCAGAAGAAAUAUUCAAAUAGCUGAUAUCAUGCCCAUUGAGAAACUGAUUGCAACCUUGGCGCAGACUAUAAGUUGUGGAGGAAACAUCCUCAUAGAUGUCGGUCCAACCCACGACGGAAGAAUCACUCCAAUCUUCGAAGAGCGACUCCGUCAACUGGGAUUGUGGUUAAGUGUGAACGGAGAAGCUAUUUACGAAUCCGAACCUUGGACGUAUCAGAACGACACCGUCACACCAAAUGUCUGGUACACUUCGAAAGGAGAAAUCGUUUACGCCAUUGUUCUGAAGUGGCCAAAAGAUAAUACAUUGAUGUUGGGUGCAUUGAAACUGGAAGGUGCAGCGUCCGUUCGACUGAUCGGAUGGAAAUAUGAACUUCAGUGGAAGUCGUUGGGUAGUAAAGGAACUCAAAUUACUUUUCCUUUUCUAACACCUGAUCUACUUCCAUCACAAUGGGCUUGGGUUUUAAAAAUAGAACAAAAGUAGAAAAUAAUUGAAUGGGAUAUUUGAGAAACACCACGACACAAAGCCAUAUGAUUUCUGUAGAGGUAAAAAAUCCUUGCUUGUGUCCAAAUUUCUGAUGUCUGUUGGUGUGAUGAUUUUCUUUGGCUAAUUAAAAAAAAAAUUAUUUACUAUUCCUCUCUGUAAAUUGAACGUAAACAAGACGUAUU